UGAAGGUUUAUGGAGGCUGCAGUCGUGGAAAAUGGUCUCCUCUCUGGUUUUGGCUCUCCUGGUUCAAGCGUUGUUUGGAGAUUUGUGUUCUACCAUCAACGUCACCAUCACUCCUUCCCCAUUCACGGUGGUCCAGGAGGGCCAAAACGUCACACUCUCGUGCGUGGUGUCCCAGCGGCGAAGGAAUUCCGCGAUGCCCGUCGUGAAAUGGACCUUCCUGCCGGCGGGCUUGGAGCUGCCAGAUGACGAACUCCUCAUUGCUCGGGUCAACAUGAAAAAGGCCCGCUUCUAUGGAAACUACACCAAGAGUUUCUCGUGGCCCAAGAUGAAGCUGACGGUGGUGAAGCAGGGCAAGAUCUUUGACUUGUUGAUCUUGAAUGUGUCCGAGGGGGACCGAGGUCUAUACAUAUGUCGGGUUCAGGAGUUCAAAAAGCAACAAGAUCGCUGGAAGGCCUCAUCCAAUUCCACGGCCACAACCGAACUCCGAGUACAUGUGUUUCCGGCCACCGAGGCCAAAGACAGCCUGUGGAGCUUGUUUGAAGAUGUUCACCUUUGUGCAGUGUUAAUUUGCUCCGUGGGCCUGCUGUCCAUGUGCAUGUUCACGUUGGCAGUAAUCUCCCAGUGCAUACAGAGGAAGCAGCGGCUAAAAGAUAAUUACCACUUGGUCAAAAGCUCUCGAAAUAGCUCAGGAGAAACGGUCACCAGUGUGGUCAGCGUGUCUCCUGCAUUGCCAAAGAAGGAGAGGCGAUACAGGAAGAAAAAGAGCAGAGAUUGCAGAGAUGAAAUACCACCAGAGAUACCAGCAAAAGUUCCUAUUGGAGACAGAGCAAGAAAACCCAAACUUUUAAAACCACAAUCAAGGAAAGUAGUUCUGCCUAAGAUAGUGGAGGAAAAUCUGACCUACGCAGAGUUGGAUCUGGUCAAGCCAAUUCCAGAAGGGAAAGCCUCACGGAAUGGCACAGUGUACGCACAGAUACUUUUUGGGGAACAACAGCUAUAGAAACGCAGUCCUCUUCUAAUUUUGCUUUGUUUGUAAAUAGGAUUGUUAAUUUAUAGUGAUAGUUGAGCUGUACUGUAAUAUGUUCAUUUGAAACUCUACAUAUAAUUUCAUACAAACGUUGCUAACACUUCUUAAUGAGGCCUGAAAAGGUGAAGAUAUUCAUGUUUACAUUGGGGUAAGGCAGCAUGUUUGAUGCACUUGGUGGAGAUGUACAGCAAUACCACAAAAAAAUCUCAAGUUAUCAUUGGUAACAGUAUUUUAGAAGUUAGAUGCAUGAGAUUUUUUGCUGAAGCAGGAUACACAUCACAUAUCUGCACCAACACUUGCGAGUGGGCUUGGAUGUCGUAGUACCAAGACUAUCCUGUGAGAGGCGGUAUAGUGCCACAGGGCCAUUCAGACGACUAAGAAGAAAUAGAAGCACAGCAUAGAGAACAAAUGGCUUUCUGCUAGCAUAUCUGGUUACUACAUUCUGGUCGCAAACUUCUCCUGGUCACUUUUAUUGUGAAUUACUUGGGAGACACCUUAUACAAACACUCAACAGUUGCUCCCCUUUUUGUGGUGGAAACAACAGAAAAUUCAGGUCUCUUUCUACUCGGUUCCACAUCACAAUCACGGAGUCUGUGGAUUGGCCGAACUUGGUUUUGACUACACGUUAGGAUUUUUCCUUUGCUGACUUUGGUGGAAAGGGAGUAAAAAAAAAAAAAAAAAGGCUCAAAUAUGGCACAAUUGCCGUUAUCUGAGAAUUUAUCUCGUCUUUGCAUCAAGUGUUAAGCGAGCACAUUUAGUUGUCUUAUAUAGAAAGUUCAAAAGGUCGAUACUUAGCUGGUUAGCUUUAUUGAAUUGACAAAAAAUCUUAACGCAGUUCUGCCAGCAUAAUAGUUACAAUUUUGAAAUAUAAUAAUUCCAGAGUCGAGGGUAGUGUGAAAGGAAAAGUGCGCGUUGGUGACCAAUCAAUAAAGAGGAGGCUUCACUGAGCUUGUUGACAGACUAACCUGAAAACUAC